UCGAUGCAGCCUUUCAGGCAAAGCUGAGGGACGUUAUGCCACUUUUCAUUCAAUGCUGCUUCUGGGGCUUUUUGCCAAACAUAGGAUGGACUGUCAGCGCAGAAACAUGGCUUCAUCUGCGAUAAGUAAAGCGAGUAACAGAGAUGACGUCACUCAAGACAGUCCGAAAUGUCACGACGAGUCUCUGUCGCAGUCCGGGGAAAUGAUCAAACCCACCAUCACGGAGCUGACCAAAGGAGUGAGGACGAACAUCCUCUGCACCGUGGAGGGAUGUGGCAAGAUCCUCCCCAACACACCUGCACUGAACAUGCAUCUUGUGAAGUCACACCGAGUUAAGGAAGGUAUUGUCAAUCCCACGGUCAGAAAAGACAUGAAGGGCUCUCACAAACUUUACUGCUGCCCCAUUGAAGGUUGUCCCAGGGGGCCAAACAGACCCUUCUCCCAGUUCUCCCUGGUUAAACAACACUUCAUGAAGAUGCAUGCAGAGAAGAAACACAAGUGUGUCAAAUGCAACAAUGGCUACAGCACAGAGUGGGACCUGAAGAGGCACAUAGAAGACUGCGGAAAGACAUACCAGUGCACAUGUGGCUGCCCCUAUGCUAGUCGGGCUGCUCUACUCUCCCAUAACUACAGGACGGGUCAUGAGAUACCCACAGAACACAGAAUUCCUCCGGUAAAGAAGCGAAAGAUGCAGAAACUGUUGAGUGGUUCUGAAAAGCUUAACAUCAGUGAGUCAACUUGUCAGAUCUUGUCUGCUACUAAAGAACUAACAGAAACUGCUCUCCCUUCUGACAUACCUGGCCAUAUCCUAGACUCAGGAAACCAGAACUCAAACCCCCGUAAGAACCUCCAGAAGUUGCUCUUACCAAAGCCCAAGAUGGCAUUGGUCAGUGUUCCUGUGAUGCAGUUGGCCCACCUGCCUGUCCUCCUCCCAUCUACAGAUAGCGGUGCUCUGAGGUCUUUAGUGCUGACAGUGGACAGCCAAGGCUCAGUCAGCACCUUGCACCUCUUGUCACAAGCCACAGGAGCGGUGGUACCCCAACCCCAUGCUAAGAGUUUGGGUUUCAAGGACAGCAUGCCUAGUUCCCGUUCUAACUUGGGGCCCAUAAGCACAGGGGUGCAGGUUAGUCUGGACCUGGCAGGAACAGAGGACUCAGCCAGCAGCCUGGGAGGGCAUCGUGGAAAAAGCACAUCCACCAACAUUCAGACUGACAAAUCGUACUUAUCAAAAAUACCCACAGGAGUUGGGGUUGGGGAUGGAACGGGCUUGUGCUCUGUGGGUGAGUGUUCAGUGUCGUCCUGCUCUCAAACAGACAUCAGCGUCAGCGCCCAAGUCCUCCUACCAGUCAGCGUUGAAACACAGACUUUCUCCUCUUGGGACAGAGACACGUCCUCUAUUGGAGCUCAAACGGACAGCCAGUGCACGAGCCAAAUUCCUUGUUCCUUCUCAGCUAUGCCCCCAUACAAAACCAGGCAAACACAGACACGUUUUGCCUCGCCACAGUCAGAGGAGAAGGUUCAGGACCAGGCUAUCAUGUGCUCCGACUUAUUUUGCAGUGACUCCCUCAGUGUUUCCACACAGACAGCUCUGGACAUAGAUGACACCCUCACAGCUGCAGGAAGCAGUAUAUAUGUGGACUCAAAGUCAGUUGGUGGUAUGUGUUUUGGUGUGCAGACAGAUGAGCUCAAUUCAAACAACAUGGCGGACAACCAGACCCAAACAAUGACCUUGUUAAAUGACUUAGAGAAUAUUCUUUCUGACAGCAUGUCAGGCCACCAGGUGCUCACAGAGGCCACCGUUCAAGAGCAACAUAACGCUAUUGACUUUGAUUUUGAGGAGUUUCUUAACGCUGUGCACAUCCAGACACAGACGGAGGAGAGCGAGCUGGGAGGACUGGCUGGAGACACACCUUUGGAGUCUCUGGACAUCCAAACCCAGACAGACUUCCUCCUGCUGGAUGAACUGGACCAAAGCGCUGGACCAAGUCGAACCCAAGCCAACGACCUGGAGCUAUUUGAUACUCAAACUCAGACUGACCUCAAUUUCCUGCUGAGCGCUGGCAGCCACAUGCCGUUAAGCAGUAUCCUGCGACAUUCAAGCUUUUCAAUGAGCACAGAGUCUUCAGACACAGAAACACAGACAGAUCUCCCUUCAUUUCCCACAGGCCUCUCUGCUCAGACACCUGUCAGUCAGGGCGAGCACGCAAGGCUGCUGAGCAGCACAGAGACUCAGACUGUGCCCAGCCAGGCAGAAGGCCUGGGACACCUCUUCCUGACCAGCAACGAAACACAAACUGUCAUGGAUGACUUCUUGUCAGCAGACCUGGCCUGGAAUAUGGAGUCUCAUUUCAGCUCUGUGGAAACGCAGACUUGUGAGGAGCUCUGUGCUCUCUUUCAGCACCCUGAGAAACCAAACCGCUGAAGCCCUCAUUGAAGAGCUGUCUGAAGUUUUCUAGCGCAGGUUUCUCAUGUCUGCCUAUUCCUUUGAAGGGGAAUCAGCCUACACUGUCGUCCAGCGGACCACAGGCUAAGCAGCAAGAAGUCUGCAAAACAGUCUUUAAACAUUCCCAUGGAGUCGUAAUCUACAGAGUCAUUCCAGGUUUAAAUCCUGACAGCUCUGCUGCACUUUAUUAGCUCAACAGGCAUGAUUUAUCAGCUCCUGUGACAGUUUACAUAUUUAUUUGCACAUAAAUAACACAUCGUACGUGUCUUGUCUGAAAUGCCAGUUUGCUUCUAUAUGACGGUGUUUAACUGAUGUGACUGGUUUUCAAUGCUCGUUCUUAUUAGAUGUAAGAAAACAACAACUCAAUGUUUCAUCAAUGUUGGAUCUGCACUUAAUAGAGAUGACGGCUUUAGCAGUUCAACAAAAGGUUGAUAAAAGUAACCUGAUUGACAGCUUUCAGAUAUGCAUAUUCCGCAUGAGAACAGAUUCAUCUCAGCUACUCUGCAAGCAGUUUACGUAUUUCAUACGUAUGUGACGUACAGUGCAUUGUGCAGCUUGUGCAGAUGGUUGCUGCCUCAUUCAUGUUACCUAAUCAGUGGCAGCAUGUCCAUAAGCUAAGAGUUACUGCACACAAGCUUUGCAGUCAGUGGAAAAGUUGACCAUUGAGAACGUGUCGGCUUAAGUUUUCCAAAAUAAAAGCCUGUGAAGCCUUCAACAGUUGAGUUGUAUCCUAAAUAUACAAAUGUGGCACAAGUAAAAAAUGAAAUGUUUGUCUUGUUAGUUGUUGCACAACAUUCAUUGAAAUGUGUUUUGUGAAGUAUUAUGUUGUUGUGUGAAAACGUGUUGGUGUCUUGGCCUCCUAUAGCUAAGAAGUCAAUUAAAGUCAGUAAGCAGACUAGGCUGUCAGUGUCUUUGACUUAUUCAUUAGCUGGGUGUAAGUGUAUACUGUGCAGCACACAGUGCUGAAGUUAUGCAGGUAUGUUACUGAGGGGAAACACACAUCAGAUGAGAGGAAGUAUUAGCAAAAAGUUGUUUUAUGUGGAUUUAACUGGAAGGAGUCAUGUUGAAUAUCUUCUGUUGAAGUCAUCAGUUAUUUGAUGCGUCAUAAAAAAAAAAUCCCACUUCCAGCAACUUAACAUAUUGUUUUGCUCGUGUUUUUCUUUAUACUGUUGCAUUGAGUUACCUCAUUGUAAGCACAGGUACUACAUGUAUACUGUGUGUACUGGUUAGAGUCAUACGCCUUGAUCAUUUGUACAUUUAGUUUUGUUGGUGCCUUAUCCCAAAGUAUUAGCUUUAGUUCUGUUACAGACAUUUGCUGCUUUUAAAUAUUUAUCAGAGCUAUACUAACAUAUGAUUUUGACCACCACUGAACAAAAGUCUGAAUCUUUUUCUCACACUUUGCAUGAUUAUUUCAUUCUGUAUUCGUAUUUGCAUCAUUGUUGCAUGAAAGAUCGGAAUGUCCCUUAUCGUAGUUUCUAUUUAAAGAUUUAUGUUCUGUCACAUGAAAAUAAUGCUAUGCAGCAUUUUUAUUCAUAGAAAUGGAAGAAUGUACAGAACAUUACCCUUUGCCCAAGUAAAACAUUCUCUAUUCUUGAUUCUAGAAGUUUAAGGUUGAUAUCCCUGAAUUAAUAACAGUUUUGAGACUUAUACAAAUAGAAAUUUGUUCACUUCUAGUCUGUUCAAGUAUAGCAGCUCUGCUGGUUUAGCAGCACAGUGAAGUGCUUUUCUUGCACAGAACCCUGCGUCAGUCUUAAAGUGUGUUAUAGUGCUUUGUUUUCUCUUCAUUGGGAAUGCAUGCAGAUAUUUUCCCGGCACAAAAUAUUUGUUAAACCAGAAUUUCUGUUGCCUCUGUGUAAUGAAUGGUUGCCUUGAUUAAUUGUGUAAACUUCACUACAGAUGUUCUAAAUAAACUGCUGGAAAAUGUA